AUGGGAUAUUACGACGACGACGGCCACUACCACUCUUUCCGUCACGGUAUCAAGGAAGCUGCCCACAAGGUCGCUGAUCACAUCGCCCACCCUAUCCACGGUUCCCGCCACCACCACUCCCACGACCACUCGUCCAAGGCUUCCCAGCACAAGGACAUUCGCGAGGACAUCGUAGUCAAGGAGAAGUACACCACUACCUCCGCUCCCGCACCUACCUACCGUCCUUCCGCCGGUCCUUCCACCGUCUCUAGCCACAAGACCGUCACCACCCGCAAGAUGGCUCCUCCCAACACUAUCACCAUCCCCUGCCACCACAUCCGCAUUGGCGAUCUCCUGAUCCUCCAGGGCCGCCCUUGCCAGGUCAUCCGCAUCACCACCUCCUCCCAGACCGGCCAGCACCGCUACCUUGGUGUUGACCUGUUCACCAAGCAGCUCCAUGAGGAGUCCAGCUUCAUCUCCAACCCGGCCCCGUCCGUCGUUGUUCAGAACAUGCUUGGUCCUGUCUUCAAGCAGUACCGUGUUCUUGACAUCCGUGAGGAUGGCCGUGUCGUCGCCAUGACCGAGACUGGUGACGUCAAGCAGGGUCUCCCCAUCCUUGACCAGAGCAACCUUCUCCAGCGCCUGACCGAGUCCUUCGACAACGGCCGCGGCAGCGUCCGCAUCUUGGUCAUCAACGAUGAUGGUAUGGAGAUGGCUGUCGACUACAAGGUCGUCCACGGUUCGCGGUUGUAG